CGGGAAUAUUGAAGUGAUAGUGAUAGGAAAUAAUCGUUUUGUUUUUUAAAUUGGAUUUUUGAUUAAAACUGAUUUCGCAUGUUUUGUAAUUUCCAUUUAUAAGCGAUGUCUGCAAAUUAUGAGAGUGUAGAGGAAUGGUGUAAUAUGGAUGUUGAUGUAGAGAGAAGUGGAGUUGGGAUAGAAUCUUCAAUUGAACCUUUGUUAAGGGCUUUUAGUGGUCCUCGAGAAGAAAUCAGACACCCUCUAUACAGAGUGUUGAAUUGUGAAGAUUUUCUUUUGUCUAUUUUGAAAGUCAAUACAUGCUCAAGGAUUUUAAAAGACAAGAGUGCUACUUGUGUGGCGAUUCUCAGCAGUUUAUUAUCUCUUUCCAGACAAAAAGAAUGGAAGAUUAUUAUUUCAUUACUAAAGAUUGUUUUAGAAUCUGAUUUUAAAGAAAAGAAUAAAUUCAUACAAGACAUUUGGAGUAAACAAGAACUCCAUACAAUGCCAGUUGAUGUGGUAUUAAUAUUAUUGAACUCUAAACCUGACUUGGUAGAAAAACAAUUGUGCAAUUUAUAUUCCAUGGCAAGAAAAAACAAGAACAUAUGGCAAAAUGAUUGCUUUCAAUGUUGGGUAUUCUGGUGUUCUAAGUCAGCAGAAUUAUUCCAUGUAGUUAGUUCAAUUUUUAACCAAUUUCUAAUCUAUUUAAAUGCUAAUUCAGUCAUUUUAGAUAUUGUUACUAAAUUUAUAACUGAUGUAAUGGCCGAAUGUGAUAAAAACAAAAGCAACUUCUUAUCAUUAUAUCCCAUUGAAUAUCAAAGCUUUGUUGCAUUGUUAAUUAUUGAACCAGACUUCAAUCCUUAUAGAAAUGCAGUAAUAGAAAAAAUUAAAUUUAUUAAAAAUACUGAUCCUACAGAUUUGUUGCUAUUAUUGAGCCAUUUUCCAUUAUGGAUGAAUGUAUUUAAUGAUUUAUAAAAA